UCGGCAGACGCAUGCGAGCCAAAAUCGCGAACGACGGCACGCGUAGAGCCGUAUGUGAUGACUUCUGUCCCAUCAUCAUCCUUUUGCCAGUGGUGCACUGUGUAAAGCCAAGUAACGUUUUGCACACCCUCGGUGCCACCGUUGCAAAAAAGGAAGCACCUUGCACUACAGAUGAAGAACCGAACAGGAAACGCAAGUGAACCGGACAAGCAGCGUAGCAGUUUGUUGUGAAAAAUUGCUAACGGAAACCGGAAAGAGGGAAGGGAACGCAAGAAUUUCGCAAUCCGUGUUUUCCUCCGUUUCGUUUUUGUUUUGUUUUCGUCUGACCGAACACGCGGAAAAAGGAAGACCGCAACCGCAACAGUAGUAGUAAAUAGUAAUAGUAGGGGGUGAUCCUGCGUUUUCUAACUCGCGCAAACGUGUCGACUCCCGCCUGUACCACCCUACGCUAAGUAUAUUAGUUUAAAGGAAGAAAAGAAAAGAAAAAAAAGGAUAAAGUACGACAGUUAUAAACUGCGCACGCAAGUGUUUGCAAGUAGAAGAAAAUAAUUACAAAUAGCAGGAAACAACCACGCACGGCAUAACUCUUGGCCUGGCCGACCGAGAGAGUGAGAGAGAGAUAGAGAGUGAUUGAAGGAGCAGAAAACCGUCAUUAGAACAAACUCCUAUCCAAUCAUCACAACAACACCACACACGUCCCACUGCUUCACACGCACGAGAAAACAUCCUUUCCUCAUGAAGAACGAACAGAGCGGCGUUAAGUCGUCGAGCGCGUUCAACGGGGCAGCAAGUGGUAGGAACGCUACGGCCAAGCGUGAAACGAAGCUGAAAAGCAGACGUUAAUACGCCCAGAGAGAGGGAGAGUGUGUGUGUGUAUAGUAGGAAGCAAAAAGGGCCCGCCCGUUCAGAUCUGCAUGAAGGACAUAUACGGUCGUGGGGGUGUAUAUGACCAGCAGAAGCAGUAGUGCGUGUAAUCAUACAACGAUAGAGCCAAGGGUCCACCGAUCUAUUUUUUAUAUAAAAAUUUAAAAAUGGAUGCCUACUAUCGAUACGAUCCGACCGCCCCUCGGGGGAUGGGUCCACCUGGUGGCCAAGCCGGAGGUCCUUACGCGCGGCAUCGGGCCCCACACCCGAUGCAGCAGCAACAGCCCCCGCCGCAGUCCCAGUACCCCUCGUAUCACCAGCCGGCUGGAACGGACUCGAUGUACUCGAUGCCGGAUCACACCGCCGCCGGAAUGGCCGGCAUGGGUGAUGUCGUGUGGGGGGCACAACCUCCACCGCCACCCCAGGCCAACCCGUACGCGUCACCGAUGGGCUACGGUUUGCCGCAGGGACCACCACAAGGACCGACGCAGCGCCAAACGCCAACGGGGUACCGGCAACACAUGGGAGGAUACCCGCAACAGGACCCUCAAAAGCUGCAAUACCCCACGCAGCAAUCGAUGAUGGGUGGCAUGAUGCCACCGCAGCAAGGCUACGGCUCGCUAAGCCAACCUCAGCAGCAGCAGCAACAGCAGCAACCUCCCCAGCAACAGCAACCGCAACAGCAGCAGCAACAAGCGCAGCAACAGCAGCGCGUCUCGCAGCAUUACCCCCAGCCGGGUCACUCCAUGUACCCGGGCGCACCAUCCGCGGCACAAUCCGCGUACGGUGCGUACGGUCCGGCUGCAGCGGCCAUGCAACAGCACGCGGCCCGAUCCGCCCAGCACGUGUACAAUCAGCACCAGCUGGAUCCGACCGGUGGCUACGGGCAGCACCUCGUUAGUGGUGGUCAGGUUCCCACAAGCCUGCACCAGCUGGGUGCUCCCCAGCAGCAACCACCCGGAGCGGGUGGCGUUCCGGGAGGGCUAGCUCCGACGCACCCGUCGCAGCAACCCUCCCAUUUGCCACCGCAAUCCCAGCAGCAGCAGUUGCAUCAGACACACGGCAGCCAACCUCAGCAGCAUCCCCAGCAACACCCGGGAUUGAGUGGGUUGGGCGUUGGAGGAGGUUCGCAACCUUCGCAGCAGCAACAGGGUCAGCAUCCGGGGAUGGUGCACGCGGGUGGACAGCAACCGAAUGCCGCCGGUGCUGGUUUGCAUGGGCUUGGUGGUCCGCUGGGGCCACAACAGCAGCAGCACCCGAUGACGCACGGUGCAGCUAUGGCCGGUGUUCCGGGUGGUGGAGGAGGAGGUGGAGGUGCUGGUGGGCCUGGCGGGGCCGGUGGAUAUGGUGCGAGUGCACCACAGCAACAAUCGUACCUGCCAAACGCGGCCACGAAGCAACAACCGACGCAACAUGGAGGAAGCCCCCAGUAUCGGGCGCCCUUCCCUCAGUUGUCCCCUCAGAUGUCUCCGCGCCCGCCCCAGAUGUCACCACACACGCAGAUGUCCCCACGGCCCGUCAUGUCCCCGGCAAAGCCGCCCGGUGGAGGACCACCCGUUGUCACGUCGCAAUCGCCUCAGUCGACGAUAACGUCCACGCAUUCGCCUCACCUGGGCGCGGGAAUUGUGGCCGGAAGUGGUGGUAUGCAAAGCCCACGGCCACAAGCUGGCACGAAGCUGACGGCGUCUAGUUCCGGGGGUAGCGUGGUGAGCGGAGGACCAGGAGCAGGCGUUAAUACGACGCUGCAAGCACUGGAACAGAUGGUAAUGCCACCGAGCGGAGCAGCGGGAAUGGAGUACGUUCAAGCGGCGGCAGUAGCAGCAGCUGCGGCCGCAGCCUACCGUGGUGGCCCACCAAGUCACCAGCAGCAGCAAGCUCAAAUGGUAGCGAACAAUCCACUAUCACCGCUUGGACCACGUUUGCCAAUGUCCCCGCAGCAUCAACACCAGCAUCAGCAGCACCAACAGUGGCCUCCGAUGGCGGCCGUCCAGCAGCAGCAACAACAGCGCCCGGGCAGUGGUGGCAUCAAUGGAAGCGCUCACCAUGGUAUGGCGGGUCCUAUUCCACCUCCCGGAAGUCACAUGCCACCGAUGCACGGAGGUCACGCGCCCCAUUUGCAUCCGGGAGCGCACGGGCCGCCACCGACGCAUGCGCAGCAGCAAAUCAGCCAGCUGAACGACAUCUCCAGCCUGAUUCCGCCCGUGUCGCAAACCAGCAUGCCUGUGAUACCGCCCCCAUCGGCAGCGGGACCACCAGGCCCGCAGGCUUACGGUGGGCUCGAGGAUAAGGGACAGCACGGUGUCGUCGGUGGGGUGGACGUGAACACCUCGGUCGCGAGCGUGCAGCAACAGCAGCAGCAACCUGUACAUAGCCUUCACCAGCCGCACCUUUCGCAACCGACGGCUCCCACGGCACCGCAGCAGCCACCGCAAAUGUCCUCCCUGCAGCAGCAAAUGCAGCAGCAGCAGCAAAUGUUGACCCAGCUGCAGCCGGGUUCGCAUCUUCCUCCACCGUCUGCUGGGCAGCAUCACGCUGGUCCCGGUGGGCCCCAGCAGCAGCAUCAGCAGGCCAGCAUGCACCACAGUACGCUAGCGGCCAUGCAACCGGCCACCGGACCUGGUAGUCUGUCGCAUUCGAUCUCGCAGCAGCUCCACUCGCCGUCAUUUAAUGACGAGAUGCUGAUGUCGCCAAGCGGCCCCAACCAACACUUGCAGAGCGUCAACAGUAGCCUGGCCCAGCAGCAAUCUCAGCAGCUGCAACAGCAGCAGCAACACCAGCCAAAACAGCAGCAAUCGAGCCAGCAGCAGUCCGGUGGCGCCGGAGCGUCUUUGAACGAUCUGCCCUCAAUGCAGCAUCCUCACGCGCAUCCGCAUCCGCACGGACAUCAGCAAGGUGUCGUCGAGUUGCCACCGAUCUCUUCGAUCACGGAGCAACAGCAACAGCAGCACCAUCUGCAUCAUCACCAUUUGCACCACCACCAUCAGCAGCAGCAGCAGCAUCAGCAGCAGCAACACCAGCAGCAGCAGCAACAUCAUCAGCAGCAUCACCAUCAUCAGCAGCAGCAUCAAUCUCAGGCGCAGCAUCACCAGUCCACGGCUGGUUUGGUAGAUCCGGUUGCGGAACAGCAACAACAGCAACACCAUCACCAUCAACAGCAGCAGCAACAGUCUCAGCAACAACAGCAAAUGCAGCAGCAUCAGCAUCAGCACCAGCAACAGGCUCAGCAUCAACAACAGCAGCAACAACAGCAGCAGCAGCAGCAGCAGCAACAACAACAACAACAACAACAGGGUCAGCAAUCGCAUAUGCAACAGGUGUCGGUUCCACCGACGUCCGAUUUCAGCUUGAUUGACAGCCUGGCAUCGAGCAAUGCAAACGAGGCUCCUUCGAGUUUGGGCUCAUCAAUGGUUAGCAACGCUGGCACGGCAUCUGGCGUAGUUCCUUCGGUUUAUUCACAUGAUUCGACCCUCACACCACUCAGCACGAGUGGCAGUGAUAUGGGAGACGCGCGUCAGCAGCAGCAGCAGCAACAACAGCAACAGCAAACCCACCAGCACCAGCAACACGCCCUUUCGGCGGAACAAACGACGACGGGAAGUAGCAGCAGCAAUGAAGAAUCUCGCGAUAGCAUCGUACCCGCACCGGCCGAAUCGAAUACGGACGAGUCGAAAUCCUCCAACUCGAACUCGCUCAUGUCCGGUACGGACUUUGAGGCGCUACAUCACCACCAGCAGCAGCAGAGUGCCGGCCUGCUGCUCGGUCAGGAUAAUCUGCACGUCGGUGGUGGCGUGCUCGAGGAAGCAAUGAAGGAAUCCGCUAGCAUGGGCGGAGACACGUCGGCGGUGAUGGACCCGGUUAAGCAAACAGGAGAAGAUGCACUCGGUGGGUACCAUUCCGAUGGUAGCCUGAUGCAAGCGGGAGGAAAUACGGAAACAUCGACGAUCGAGCAGCAACAGCAGAUGUUAUUGGACGCGGUGGUGACAGAUGUGGGUGCUGCGGCCGGUAUGACGGAUCUGCAAGCACCAGAAGUGACUACUGCGACCAAAAGCCCCGACCAAACGCUUGUACCGACCUCGACGACGACCGCAGUUAGUGAUAGUACGAUAUCGCCUGGUGGAGAACCGAUCAUUUCCACCAGCAGCAGUACGGUGCUGAUGCCUGGCAUGGGCGUACAGCCUGGUACCGUUGGGGGUUCGCCAGCUACCUACGCGCAAGCGUUAAGCGGGCAGGUGCCACAAACGAUGACGGCAGCUACAGCUGCCACCGGUACGGCGAUGUAUGGUAUGCAUGGCGUCGGUGGCACGAUGAUGCAGCAGCAGCAGCAACAGUCGCAACAACAGCAGCAGGCGCAACAAAUGCAAGGUGUUGCUCCGGCGGGACAAACGGCGACAGGGGAGAUGAUGAUUCCUCCACCGCCGCCUCCCUACCAGACACCACCGAUGCUGUCCCACAGCCAAGAACGGGCGGCGAUACAGCAGCAGAUGCAGGAUAUGUACAAGCUGCCGAUGGCCGACAAUCAGGAGAAAAUGAUGCGGCUUCAGGAGCGGCUGGCAAUGCUACAGCAGCACGAAGCAAGUGACGGUUGCCAAGGACUUGGUCCUCAACCGUGUCUGCUCAUGCAACCACCGCAUCCAUUAUAUCCAGGAGUUCCUUCGGUAACGGCGGCGGCCGCUGCGGCUGCUGCUGCCAUGAUUGACAGUCCGCAGGUAACCAGCACGACGGGCCGAGGCCGUGGCCGGACACCCUCGAGCAAACCUCGAAAAUCUCGCGCCAAGAAGUCAGAUAAGCUGUCGGCCCAACAGGAGGCGGCGGCGGUUGCAGGCCAGACGGGGCUGAUCACGUCGGGAGAUGAAACAUCGCAGCCGCACGUAAUGAUGCCACUUCCGGCUGCAACCACCCCAACGGCGUUGGGUGUCAUGCCCACACCGACGACGUUGCUCCCCGUUUCGGAAGAUUCGGUGACGGCUGGCACGGGAUUGCCCGAUGUGAGCUCUGAUGGAAGCAGUUUCCACGACCUCAUGGCAUUGGAGGGUGGCGUUGGUGGAAUCGGAGGACUCGGUGGAGGGGAUCUUUCGCAGGAUAAUCUUUCUUGCAGUGGCACAGGCGAUCUAGACACAUCGACCGAUGCGAGUGGCAAGAAAAUUAAGAAACCUAGGAAACCACGGGAACCGAAAAAGCCCGCUUCGGCUAAGGCGGCGGCGGCAUCGGUUGCCGGAGAAGGUGUGAAGGAGACGGCACCAGCCACACCGAAGAAAGAGAGCAAGAAGAAGGAAUCUAAAGACAGCAAAAAGAAAAAGAAUCGUAAGACCACUGUUUCUAGUGAUGGUGACAAUUCGCUGUCCAUGGAGGAUGAGUUGCCGGAUGGUGGAAUUUCAGGUGACCACGAACUGUCCAAAUCCGGAACGACGACGAGCGAGACUGACGAAAAUCAGUCCCUGGCUUCGUUGAUGAAUGCGCAAAAUUCCAACGAUGCAAAUGCAGCGACACCGAGCAGUGGCGCGAUGAUGGAUGUUGGCUCAGAUGAAGCCAAAGAAUCGUUGGGUGUUGCUUCUAUGGCAGGCGCAGUAGAAUCAACUGCCGAUGACGAGGAAGGAACAAAUGCUACAUCUUCCGUUGGCGUCGAUGGGCAGAUGGAGGAGGAUAGGCAGAUUGGUGCCUCUGACGGAAUCUCUAACAGCGGUACAUUCGUGGCUCCGACCGAAGAAAUGAAAGAAGAGCUGGAUGGUGAGGAGCAAUCGAAAGCAACGAUUACGACUACCAGCGGAGAAGAACCAACCGACGGUGAUAAACCUGCCGUACCGAUGGAUGAAGUGACGGACUUUGACGAUAUUCCUGUGUCGAAAAUCGACAAGAGCGAGCUGGCGAAAGAGGAUCAGGAAAAGAAGGAAGGCGUUGAUGAGGGUGGUGUCGCGGUUCCCGAGCCGGAACCGGAAACUCCGACGAAGAGCAAGAGCAAGAAGAGCAGCAAGAAAAGCAAGGAACCGGGCAGUGCGGAAGGUGGUAGUAGCAGCAGCAGCAGAAAUCGAAACCGACCUAGUGGUGGCAGCUCUUCUUCACGCCGUAGCGGUGGUAGCAAAUCUAGUGGUGGUGGAUCGAAGAGUAGAUCACGUCGCAGCCGCAUGAUCGUCACUGAGUCGGAUGGUGAGGGAGAUGAUUUGCUAAGCACCCCGCCACCGUCGCCUCCACCGGACACCGAGGCGGACAGUUCAAAGCGUCGUUCGGCACGCAACACGCAACGCAAGAAGUAUGUUGAUGACGUUAUGUUGCGGUUUUCCGACGAUGAAUCGGGCAUGAUUUCGCCGACACCCACGGGCGGUAGAAAGGAUCGUCGCUCCGAUGGUGGUGCAUCUGAGCGAAAAGAAACCAUUGUGCCGGUCGCUGCGUCGCUUGCCAGCGGUGAAGCUGGCGCUGUCGCUGCUGAUGGAUCUGCGCUAGCAACGGGAAGCGAAGCCGGUGGUGUAGCCGGGGCGACUGGUGAACCGGUUGGGGAUGAGAGUAAAGUGAGUACCUCGGAUGCGGUGAAGCUGGCUCCGGGUGCCGUGGAACUCGGUCCAGAUGGAAAACCAGUUGAUGAAACAUCGAAACCUAAUGCGAACUACGUUUACGUCAACACUGCCGAGGAGGAUUCGAUGGUUGUGCAGUUUGUUCUGGCGGUACGGAAAGGUCGGCGUGAGUUGAAGCCUGAUCCACCGCCGCCACCACCGAAGGAGAAAACUCCGGAACCCGCUGAAGGUACCAGCGAGGUGAAGAGCGAACCUAAGGAUGGAGAAGAAGCCUCUACCUCGACAGAAGACGGCACAACGGACGCCAUGGUUAAGUCUGAAGAUACGCAAACCGUGAAAGAUAAAGACGAGAAGGAUGCAGAAAAGGAAGCAACAACCCUGGAAAUUUCAUCGUCAACCGAAACUCGUGUGGACAACGGUACAGAUAGUGAUAAGCCUUCAGGUGAAUCUGUCGAAGAUAAAUCAACGGUGGCGCCUAAAGAAACAGCUGAUGAGACCACCGAAUCGAAAGAGAAGAUGGAAAUAAAUGAUCACAAUGAAGGAGAUGUAACAAAGAGUGCGAAUGAGGAGUUGAACAGUAAAACAGCAAUGGACGUUUCGGAGCCAGAAAAAGAAUCUACUCCGACUGUUGCAGAACAGAUGGAAACGGAUGAAGAUGCUUCCAAGGUUGACGAUAAAGUUGAGUCGGCUGAGAGUAAGAAAUGUGAACAGCCGAAUGGGGAUUCAUCGGAGGAGCACAAUGAGCUUGAAACUGACAGUGCCACUAAACCGGUCUCAGAAGAAGGCUCAGAAAAUAAGCCUGGAGAUGUAGAGCGCAUGGAAGUAGACGAACCAAUUGACGACAAAAAGAAACUGGAUAGUGAAGUUUUGUCUGAAGUCAUCAAAAAGGAGGACGUCUCGAUGGAAGAAUCUGCUUCUGAGCAGACGACAGAAGUGAAGAAAGAGGAAAGCGACACGGCUGAAAUAGAAGAGAAGAAACCAGAACCGGUGUUCAUAGAUGUGGAAGAGUACUUUGUAAAAUAUCGGAACUUUUCAUACCUUCACUGUGAUUGGCGCACUGAAGACGAGCUGCUGAAGGGCGAUAAGCGCGUUGGCAAUAAGAUCAAACGUUUUCUCAUGAAACAACAACAGCAGCUGAACAUCUUCGAGAGCCUUGAUGAGGAGCCGUUUAAUCCGGAUUUUGUCGAGGUUGACCGAGUGCUGGACGUGUCCGAACUCGUCGACGAUGAAGGCAAGACGGUGAAGCACUACCUAGUGAAAUGGAAGAGUCUUCCGUACGAGGACAGCACUUGGGAGUUGGAAGACGACGUCGACCAGCCAAAGAUUGAGCAGUAUUACAAGUUCAACAAGAUUCCUCCCAAGAGUGAAUGGAAGAGUAAGAAACGGCCACAUCCCGAUCAGUGGAAGGCGCUUCCGGAGUCGCCCAUCUUCAAGGGUGGAAAUAAGUUGAGACCAUAUCAGCUUGAAGGAUUGAAUUGGUUGCGUUACUCGUGGUACAAGGGCAACAAUUGUAUCUUGGCUGACGAAAUGGGUCUGGGAAAGACCAUUCAGAGUCUUACUUUCGUGAAUUCAGUAUAUGAGUACGGCAUUCGCGGACCGUUUUUGGUGAUUGCUCCGCUGUCGACUAUUCCAAACUGGCAACGCGAAUUUGAAGGCUGGACAGAGAUGAACGUGAUCGUAUAUCACGGUUCGGCGACCAGUCGACAAAUGAUCCAAGAUUACGAGGUGUACUACCGAACCGAAACAGGCAAGCUGAUUCGUGACAUCAUCAAAUUCAAUGUACUGAUCACAACGUUCGAGAUGAUCGUAACUGAUUAUCAGGAUCUGAAGGGUUUUAACUGGCGUGCUUGCGUUAUUGAUGAAGCGCAUCGCUUAAAGAAUCGAAACUGCAAAUUACUGGAGGGAUUGCGGCAGUUAAAUCUCGAGCACCGAGUUUUACUCUCCGGUACACCGUUGCAAAAUAACGUCAACGAGCUGUUUUCGUUGCUCAAUUUCCUCGAACCAAGUCAGUUUGCAUGUAGCGAUGAGUUUUUGCGUGAAUUCGGUAGCUUGAAAACGGAGAGCGAAGUGCUUAAACUGCAAGCGUUGCUGAAGCCGAUGAUGUUGCGCCGAUUAAAGGACGACGUGGAGAAAUCGCUGGCACCCAAAGAGGAAACGAUUGUUGAGGUGGAGUUGACGAAUAUCCAGAAGAAGUAUUACCGUGGUAUUCUGGAGCAAAACUUCUCCUUCCUUAUGAAGGGCACCACAUCCGCGAACAUUCCGAAUCUGAUGAACACGAUGAUGGAGCUGCGAAAGUGUUGCAUUCAUCCGUAUCUGUUGAACGGAGCCGAAGAUCAGAUUCAAUACGACUACCGACAGCAGCACGGCGAAGAUGCAGAGUCAUAUUACAAGAACCUCAUUGUAUCUUCGGGAAAGAUGGUGUUGAUUGAUAAGUUGUUACCGAAGCUACGCGCCAACGGCCACAGGGUGCUGAUUUUCAGCCAGAUGGUUCGGUGUUUGGAUAUCCUGGAAGAUUAUCUCAUGUAUAAAAAAUAUCCAUUCGAGCGCAUUGACGGGCGCAUUCGAGGAAAUCUGAGACAGGCUGCGAUUGAUCGAUAUUCGAAACCAGAUUCUGAUCGCUUUGUGUUUCUGCUCUGUACAAAGGCUGGUGGUUUGGGCAUUAAUCUUACCGCAGCUGAUACAGUCAUCAUCUACGACAGCGAUUGGAAUCCUCAGAACGAUUUGCAAGCACAAGCUCGCUGCCAUCGUAUCGGACAGCAGAAGAUGGUCAAAAUUUACCGACUGCUUUGUCGCAACACAUACGAACGUGAAAUGUUUGACAAGGCGUCACUCAAGCUGGGUCUCGAUAAAGCCGUUCUGCAGAGCAUGAACACGGGCCAGAACAAGGAUGGUACCCAACGGCAGCUGUCGAAGAAAGAGAUUGAGGAUCUCCUUAAAAAAGGUGCUUACGGAGCCGUAAUGGAUGACGAUGCCGGAGACAAGUUCUGCGAGGAAGACAUUGAUUCGAUCCUGCUGCGCCGCACUCAAGUCAUUACGAUGGAGAGUGAAAAAGGAUCAACCUUCUCGAAGGCCUCCUUUGCGGCGGCUGCCAACCGCAGUGAUAUCAACAUAGACGAUCCCGAUUUCUGGAACAAGUGGGCUAAGAAGGCAGAGAUCGAUCCAACCGCCUGUGAGAAGGACGAAACGGAGGAUCUCGUUAUCGCGGAACCUAGACGGCGAACACAGAUCAAACGCUACGGGCAUGACGAUGGUGUGAUGGAUAUCUCGGAUGAGUCGUCCGGCGAACAGGGUAGCGACGGUGAAGAAGGUGGCGGUGGUCUAAAAACGCGUAGCAAACGAACGCGCGGUGCCAAGGAGCGAAAGAAGCUGCAACAGCAAAUGCAACAUGACGAUUAUGUGCCACGUGAUCGGGAAACGCUUGCGGUGCUCGGUGCGGACGAAGUUUCGUACGGUAAUUGGGCACGUUCUGAGUGUUUUAAGGUCGAGAAGGGAUUGCUUUCGCACGGCUGGGCUCGCUGGACGGAAAUUCUCGAACAGGGGCAAUUCAAGCGCGGCUGGCGAGAGCAGGAUGUGGAAGAUUGUGCCCGUGUGAUUCUACUGUAUUGCCUGGAACGGUAUCAGGGUGAUGAGAAGAUUAAGAACUUCAUUUGGGAUCUGAUAACACCUAACGAAGGAGGCGAACAACGAGAGAUCGCACGAAAUCACAGCGGAUUGCACAAUCUAGUACCGAGAGGGCGCAAUGCGAAAGGACGUAAAUCCACUUCAACAUCAACCUCGGCCUGUAACACGCCGAAACGGGAUUCUUCGAAUUGUACCACAUCGGCAGGAGGUAAUGGGGGUGGUUCUCCUGUGGUGAACACUCCCGCUGGAUCGACCACUCCUGCUCCUCAAUGCCCAGCAUCCAGUGAGGCGAAUGAAGAUGCAUCUUCGAACUCGUCCGGCACGAAGGCAGAAAAAUCGGCCAAAUCAGGCUCGGACACGGGCGGCACUACGACACCUGUAUCCGAUCCGCACCACUGGAGCAAGGACGAAAAAUAUGAUGCCGAGAACCUACUUGACAUCAACUACAAGAAGCAUCUUACCAGACAUGCUAACAAAGUAUUGCUGCGCGUUCGUAUGCUGUACUAUAUCAAACACGAGGUGCUCGGUGAUCUGGUAAAUCAAAUCAAUGAUGGUGCAAAUGCCAGCGAUCUCCCAAUUCGGCCCCCGCCUACGCCCGAUCAGCUGCCUUGCUCAUGGUGGAAUCCAAAUUGUUGCGAUCGAAGUUUGUUGGUGGGAACGUACAAGCAUGGCUGCGAAAACUACCGUGGGAUGCGGGCGGAUCCGAUGCUCUGCUUCCAGAGCCACUGCGGGCCCGGUGAUGGCACCGUCGAAGAGGCAACGAUUGUCAAAGAGACUGACGACGACGCGAAUUCGAAACAAGGUGACAAUGAAGAAGAUCCAGAAGAAGGCGGUCCUUCGGAAGCGGCUCGUUCAGCCUCCGUUGGAGUUGAGUCCAAGGAUGAUGAUGAAGAAUCCACAGUUGGUACGGCAAGCGCAGCACCGACACCAGUCUCGUCGGAUCUGAACCCCGAACUGACCUGGCCAACGAUGCAGGAUCUCAACACACGGUUGCGGCGCGUCAUCACGUCUUAUCAGCGCAACUACAAGAAGGAGGAGCUAAAGCAACAGCAAAAGGCGAAGCUACAGACGAUUGUUCCACCCGCCGGCACGCCCACUCUCUCCGGGCAAUCGUGUUCAUCGCCGUCAACACCAUCAACAACACCGGGUCCGAUGAUUGUGACCCCUCCACAGCAACCUGGCCAACAAGGACAAUUGUCCUUGCAACAGCAACAGCAGCAGGUUACCGCCCAACUCCUCGGUGCCAGCGGUAGUUCUCCAAUUGUGGUGGGAUUAAAUCAUCCCAACGCCGGCGGAGCGUUGGGUACCGCAGGAGGAACGGGUGCAGCUGGCGGUGGCCUUUCACUCGGUUCCUCCGUAGGAUCGCAGGGCAAAGGAAUGCAACAACAACAACAACUGCAAUCUGUCGGCGGCGGUACCGGUAGUGCUGGUGGUCUGCAAGCUCCCACGGCUGGUAUGCCAACGGCAGCUGACUUCAGCUUGAUGCUUAGCCUCGGGCUUGGUCUAAACCCGGCAGAUCCAAGCCAGCUGGCAAACAUUGACCUCCAGAAACUAGCAAUGUAUCUGAAAAUGGAACGUCGCGAGAAGAACGAACAAGUAAUGCGCGAGCGCGAGCGUGUUCGAUUAGAGCAAAUACCGAAACGGUGGACUCGCCGCGAGGAAAACGAAUUCAUUCGUGUCCUGACGGGUUACGGUAUCGAUUUGCAACCCAACUCAACCGUCCCUACACCAGACUGGAGCCGGUUCAAAGUGUUUGCCAAAUUGGAUAAGAAGACGGAUGAGAAUUUGAGCGAUUUCUACAAGGUGUUCAUUGCCAUGUGUAAACGGCAAGCUGGUGUUAAGUUGGGCGACGAUGAGAAAGGCCUAGAAGGAUUGGUAGAUGACGUCACGGAAGACCACGCUAAGCUGAUUCUGGAUCGGCUGGAGCUGCUCUCAAAGGCACGUCAAAUCGUGAAGCACCCAAAGCUAGAGGAAAAUAUACGUCUGUGCGAAAACAACCUCGAUACGCCGGACUGGUGGAUACCGGGGCGACAUGACCGCGAGCUGCUGCGAGCGGUGUUGAAGUACGGUAUCUACCGUUCGGAGCAAUUAAUACUCGCAGACCCCGAGUUUCCGUUUUACGAAUCGGCCAAGAAGUAUCUUCAGCAGCUAGAAAUGCAGAUACAAUUGCAGAACCAACAACUGCUGAAGAUGCAGGCUGAGGCGGCAGCAAAAACAGAAGCGGCACUUGCAGCUUCGAAGAAGAAUGAUCCAUCACCUGAAAAGAUCAGUGAAUCUACGGCUUCAGCAGAGACGGCAGUUCCACCUGGUGUUGCUGUAACAUCAGGUACCUCCGAUUUGCCAGUGAAACAGGAGACUGAUAGUGCACUUAAUACCAGCACGAGUGAUGUCCUCCCAAAGGAAGCUUCGGCUGUUGUUUCAAAGGUAGAUGAAGCAUCUCCUACGAAAACGGAAUGCGACGACACGGUGGAAACAGUGGUCGCUGCGGUGCCUUUGGAAAAUAAGGAUUCAUCAACAUCGAGUCCAGUUAAAGACAACACGGAGGGACCAGGAAGUCCGAAAAAAUCGCCCCCGCGAGAUUGUGUUGCAGCUGAGUCUCGUGACGGCAAACAGGAGGAAGAAGUACCCAAUUCUUCUGAAAAGUCGGCUGAAGUCGUCGAUAAAGAAUGUGUUGAGAAGUCUGAUUCUGCGCGAGAAGAAAGCUCUACCAACGAUAAAGAAAAUAUCGAAAAAGAGUCGUCGGCCGUCGAUUACACUGAGGUCGAGGCAUAUCUAACGAAUGAUACCACCAUGAAAGAGUCCGACGAAAAGGUAAAGACCGUGGAGCCGGAUGUUGAUCCCACGGUUGUGAAUAUCGUUACAGAAAAAGCUCCUGAUAGCAUCAAAGAGCAGGAAGUUAAUGCCACCAUUGGAGAAAAGCAAGAAGAAGAAGAAACUAUGAAACGAUCAGAAGAGACGCAGAACAAGAAAUCAUCGAGUGAAAGUGGGGAAGAUACGCCGGUAACGGUGGAAAAUGGUAACGAAAAAGUGCAACCGAAUGUUAAUGCUGAUGAUUCAAAAAUGGAAGUUGACACGAAUAUCGCUGAAGAAUCGGAAAAAUCCGAAACAUCUCCAAAAGAAGUCGAACAGAAACAGCCCGAAGCAGUAACAGAAAAGCCAAAAGAAGAGAAUGAUAACAUGAAAGGGGCUACUGAGAGCACCAAUGCUGCUGAAGAAAAGGAUAAUGUGACGGAAAAGAUGGACACAACCGAGUCAGUUGCUGAAGAUGAGUCGGAAAAGAAAGAAGCCAAUGCUGAUGAUAUAAAUCAGAAGGAAAAUAGCGCCCUGGAAACCGACGAUUGUGCUGAAAAAUCCGUUGAAAUGGCGGUUGAAAAGACUGUAGAAAAGGCUGAGGAAAAGGAUGAAGAAAAGGCUGAAAAUACUGAAAAUUCAUCCUUGGAAAAAAAUAUUGAAACGUUGGAUGAAACAUCGGAUAAUUUGAACAAAACUGACGAUGAAAAGAAAUUUGAAAUUGAUGCCCCAGAAUCGCCGAAAAAGGAUUUGGUUGAUAAUCUCGCAACAGAGGUAAAAGAAGAUAAAGAAGCACAGGACAAAUCUGCUGAAACGACGACCGCUGAAGAUAAGAACACUAUUUCGACGGAAGAAAGUGAUGCUAAGGACGUUACAAAAGAACAGCCAAACGAAGAGCCAUCUGGUCAGUUAGAAAAAAUGGAAGAUGAGCCGUUGAAGGAGUCAGAAGCGGCUCCCGCCGAAGCGGAUCAUUCUACUUCUAAGAGUGAAUCUACGUCGACACCCUCCAAGAGCAGCACAAUUGUUGAUGGUGUUACGACCGCGGAAAAAACUACAGAAUCGGUAGUUUCAGAAGCCGAGAAACCUAAAGAUCUUGAAAUUCCAAUGGAUACCGAUAAAGUCGUGGAAAGUUGUGACAAGAAAGAGGCAGAAAAUGUGCAGACGGAUGCUGGGGAAACAGCUGCAUCUGAAAAGGCUACGAGCAAUAAUACUGAUGGUUCUGCUGCGACAGUUCCUGAAGGCACUGUCAAGGAAACGAUGGAGAAAGAACGACCUGCUCGUUCACCAUCACCGGACGUUAUUAUUGUCGAGGAAAAGAAACCAGCUGAGGUGAAAACGGUUGUGAAUCUUACCGACGAAGAACGCUGUUCACAGCAGACCGCUGCGUUGAAGGCACGUUUUCCGGACCUGGAGGUGUUCCAACCGCUUAUGAAGUUGAAGCAGUUGGAUAGCAGUCUUACGAAGGAGGAUUUGAAAAAUAUGAGUAAAUUCGCAAGCAUGAUCGACACUUCGAUGAUCGUGAAAUGGUUCCGAGAUUUUGCGCUCGAACGUCGCGUCGGCCACAUCAUCUACUGCGUCGAGCAUAGCGAGUGGCCUGUCGGCAAAUCGUACUCCGCGUACACGGGUUGCCUGGGCAUCGACCUAGAUAUCCCACUGUACGAGACGAUCAAGCGUAUCAUUCCGGUGAACGACGAAGUGCGUCGGUCGGCGUCCAGUACACCGGACGUAAUUACGAUCACCACCGAUCACCAGAACGCAAAGCAAAUCAGCAGCCAGGCUGCGGCUAUACAACAACAGGUUGCAGGCGUUGGUGGCAGCGGUAGCAGUAUUGGUCUGGGGGUCGGUGGCAACGUAUCUUCCGGUGGUGCUAUUGGGGCAUCAUCGUCUGCGGUGUCGAUGAAUCACCAGAGCAUGACGGCGGCAACCGCUGCAGCUGUUCAUGCGGCGGCCGCCGCAGCUGCGGCUGCCGGUGUUGGUGUGGCGGUACCGCCAGCAAGUAAGAAACGCAAACGACAUAUUGCUAUCGAUGUUGAAACCGAGCGAGCCAAAUUGCAUGCGCUGCUGAAUAAUACCCAGAGUCCAGUUCCUACUGGAAAUUCUAAAACGCAGUCCUCGCACGCCUCAGCUUCGAACAGCGGUGCUGGAAGUGGCCUGCAGUGGAAUGACGAUGAUGUGCAGGAGGUGGCAAGCAACAGAAACACUUCCCGAGGUGGUGGUGCUAAUUCUAACGUAUUGCAGCCCCCACCAGCACAUCAGCAUGGUCCGCGGAAUCAGAUGACGUAUCCCAAACCAACGCUGAUUCCUGGAACCUCCAGUACACUAACACCGAUCGAUUUAUCUUCGAGUUAUAGUUUGCCGAAAAUGAACAUCGCUGACAUGAUUAAAAGCAGCAGCAGUAUGGGAGCAAGCGGUGGCGCUAUGGAUCUUAGCGAGGUGCAAGAUUUCUCAAUCGGAAAGAACAAAAAAUCCUCCAGCAAUCAGCUGCCCAGCGGUAUCAGCAUAACGAGCGCCAGCGGACCCUCGAACAUGAUGUUGAGUCACCAGCACCAGCAGUCGCCGUCCGCAGCCGUGGCCGCGGCAGCUGCUGCCGGGAAGGGCAAGCUGAACGAUAUGCUUUCGAAGCUGAUGAAAAAGAACAACGUCAGCGUACCGAUUGAGGAACCACCGCUCGGAAAAGAGAAGAAGCGCCGGAAGCUGGACGAAAUUGUGCUCGGAUUAUCCGCCGCGAAAGAGCACAAAACCAUCUUCGGUGAUCCGACACCGCCCGGUGGAAGCUUCUCCGGUAGCUCGAUGAAGAAACCGCAAAUACCACCGUCGGUGUCGGUUACUCCUGCGAGUGCCCCAUCUUCGGUAAGCCAGCAACCACCACAGAAACCGUUCACCAUAACCGUGACGAGUGUGCCAGGCAAUCCGAAGGGUAGCGGCCAAGGAUCGACGGGUGUCGGUGGAUCUUCAUCUGCUAGUGGCAACAGUGCGGCAGCAGCUGCUGCAAGCAUGCAAGCAGCCCUACAGGGUAUGUCUGGCAUGGGUAGUGCGAUGUCGACGAAGGACAGCCUAAAUGCGCUGUUUGCCCAGACGGCCCACGUGGAGCAGCAGACAUUCCUGAAGCAGCAGCAAAAGCUUAUUCAAUCCCUGCCAGCCAAUUCACCGCAACGCAAAGCAUACGAGGCGAUGUUCGCGGAAAUGAAGCAAGCCGCCGAACUAAGCUCGAAGCUCAACCAGUACGGUAGUGCACACGACGCCAAGGUGAACAAGUGGCUCGCAGAGCAGACGGCCGCCCUAACGGAGCAAGCGAUGGGCAUGGAUUAUCUGUCGCCUCGAUCACGAUCUCGCGGAGGCGGUAACUCGUCGGCACAAAACUCACCUCAAGGUGGUAGUGGUUCGCGAUCCACGCGUGGCUCUGCAAACAGCAAUCUUCAGCAGCAGCAGCAGCAACAGCAGCAACAACAGCAGCAGCAGCAGCAACACCAUCACCAACAGCAACAGCAGCAGCAAGCCGACAGUAAUCCUAUGGCGUUCAACUGGAAGAAUCUAACCGGUGACGAGUACGUCGCCGUGAUAAACAAAAUCAACGGAAAGCGACUGACGGGUAACAAAGCGCCACAACUAAAACGGCUCACACAAUGGUUGGCAGACAAUCCGGCCUACGAAAUCGAUCCAAAGUGGGCCGAAUCGAUAACGCUCCCGGGCGGACCGGCAGCUAUGUCGUCAUCUUCCAAGGGCUCGGAGGGAGGUUCCUCGUCGAAGCAGAUGCGGGCACAGAAUGCGGCCUCCGCCAGUCAGUACGGAACCACGGCCAGUGCUGGACAGCAAUCGUCUGGAUCCGCAUCGUCCUCGUCUUCGAAGAAGCAUUCGCAAAGCGGCAAUAAUGCGGUCGCAGCCGCAGCAGCAGCUGCUGCCGCAAGUAUGCAAUUCCCGGGGCUUGCUGGACUGAACGCCAAUUUGCUAUCCAGCAUACCGGGGCUGGGCAGCUUCGAUCCCAAGACAAACCCGCUGCUGAUGCCAUUCGGUGGCAUGCCGGGAAUGGCCGGACUAGGUGGGCUCGGCAAUUUGAACAACAUGAAUCUCUUCUCGAAUCUAGCCGGACUGGGUGGGCUGUCCGGUGCGGCAGGUGGCGGAAUGGAUGCUCAGAGCCUAGCGGCCAUGAUGGCCGCCGCCGGUCUCGAUCCAACGGCGGCACUCGGUGCGGCAGCAGCUGCGGCCGCAGCCGCAGGUGGCACUCCCACAAAGGGAAGUGGUGGAAAAUCUCGCGGGAAAUCAGCCGCCGCUCAGUCGUCCGCCGUUAAUGACGGUGCCGGAACGUCAUCAUCAUCCGGCUCGGGGCAGCAAGGAAGUAGCUCGUCGUCGAAAAAUCAGCAGCAACAGGCAGCAGCCGCUGCUGCUGCUGCUGCCGCCGCAGCCAACAGCCAGUUCCCGUUCUUCUUCCCGAAUCCGAGUCUUCUAUACACACCGCUUGGACUGGGCGGGCUUAACCCGUACGGGCUGCCGGGAGUGAGUGGAACAUCAACGGGAACGUCAUCCUCGACGACAACCUCUCGCCAGUCACAGUCUGGAAAACAGAACUCUCGCGGUGGAGGAAUGAGCUCGGGUGGAGGCUCCUCGCAGUCGGCGUCCUCGCCGGGUGGUGGAAAAGGCCGUGGAUCGUCAAGUCUGAGCCAGCAGCAACAGCAGCAGCAGGCCGCAGCCGUCGCAGCGGCUCAUCAACAAGCCCGUGAAGCGGCUCAAUUGCAGCAGUUGCUUCUGCCACAUGAUACUCACCUGCUCGAGUCGCUGACACGUUCCGCUGGAUUGGACAUAUCAGCAGCCGCUGUAGCUGCUGCAGCUGCCGCAGCCGCAGGACAAGGUGUUUCCGGUAGCGGCAGUAGUGGCAGUGGAAGUGGCCGCGGUGGUUCGAGUGCUUCGGAGAAACAACGGGCACGCGAAAGUGCUGCAGCUCAGCAAGCCAACAAGCAGGCACUGGAAAAGCUGGAACGCGAACGGCGUAAGAUACUGGAAACGCUUACGGCCGGUGGCUUCCCGGCAGAUCUGGCCGCGAUGCAGGCCGCGUUUACCGCCACGGGCAAGCUUCCUUCGUCGUCGCACUCGUCAUCGUCCUCGAAGGGCAGCAGCAGCAACUCGGCCUCCGCCCAGGCGGCAGCAGCAGCUGCAGCCGCGAUGGCGGCCAUGUCGUCGAAGGACAUGCCCCUGCCGAUACCGCCCGAGUUCAGCCAGGCGCUGUUCGCAGGAAUGGCCGCCCAUGCGCUCUCCGCAUCAUCGGGUGCGGGCGGAGGAUCAUCGGGUGCAGGAGGCAGCGGUCGUUCGUCGUCGCCUUCUUCGGCGAAGAAAGCUCGCGAGCAUCAGGACUUGAAGGAUGCGUUCGAGCAGCUUGGCAAGAACCCCAUCGAGAUGCUAGCCCGCAGUCUCGGCGUGGGACCGGCAAUCUCACUCAUUCCGACCUCGUCGUCGUCCUCCUCGUCAACGCAAUCGUCCUCAGAAUCGAAACGGGCCCGGCAUGAGGCAGCCCAAUUGCAGCAUCAUCUGUCGAAGCUGGAUGCGAAAGCACUGCUAAUGGGUGUGGGAGGAAGUAUGCAGGACGAGAUGAAAUCCUCCUCCCGGAUGAGUCGCUCCACCGGUGGUGCAUCGACUUCUACUGCUGUUUCGGAUUCGUCUUCCGCUGCCGCUGCGUUGCUGGGACUGGACAAAGUCACAUUGACGCCGGUGGCCGCGGCAAGCAUUGCUGCUUCGCUACCCUCGCAAACGACCAUCUCGUUGGCACCUUCACCGCUCCCGAAUGCGGGAGGCGGAUCGUCGGGAGCGUCACUCAACCUCAGCUCCAAGAGCCCGGCCUUGUCCAGCUCAUCGUCGUCCUCGUCGGGCGGUGGCAUGAUGGAACAACGUGAACGCGAACGAGAUCAUCAUCAUCGCGAGCGGGAACGGGAACGAGAGCGUAGUGAACGUCACGAUCGUCACGAACGAGACCGGCUGGAACGGCUGGAACGACGGGAGCGCGACGAACGCGCGGUAGCGGCCGCUGCAGCAGCAAUGGCCGCCGAAAGGCUGGAGCGAACGGCGGAACGUAGCCUGCGUUCGUCGAUCGACAGCAGCAUUGCGGCGGAUCUCAGUCGGGCGGCUGCGGCCGGUUUGUCCGUGUCUCUAGCUACUCCUCCGGGUGCUGGCAGUUCGACAGGUGGACAAUCAGCGUCGUCAUCCGCAACCAGUAGCAGCCUACUCGGUACCACGUUGUCGUUGUCGGCGUUGGCAACCGGUCCCCAGAAUCUGUCCGCGGGUGGCAGAACGACACCAUCGGGUUCGUCUUCGAGUGCUACACCGUCGGCGGCUGGAGCUGGAGCACCACCGGGAGAAGGUGAUACCGGACGGGCGGGAGGCAGUGGUGGUCACGACAUGGACCUGGAGGAUCUGAUAGCGCCGUCAAAGCUGUCGAAGUCGAGCGGUGGUGUGCUGGACGAUGAAGUCGACCCACAGAAGCAGAUCAUGCUGUUGAAACAAAAGCAAAAGCUGCUCCAGCAGGAACACCUGAAGAAGGUGCACGAAGCACAGGAAGCACAACGGUUGAUCGAGCAGCAGCGCAUUCUAGCGUCGGCUGCGGCAGCAGCCGCUGUCGAACAGAAACAGAUGCUCAAGCAACAGCAAGAUCAUGGCUCUGUGGCCGGAGAUGAUCCAUCGUCCGAGUCGGCGGCGGCGUCACAACUGAAGGACGAUGAAGCGAACCGCGAACUGUUGCUGAUGGAGCGUCACGCGUUGUCUAAGCGGCGCCGUGAGAACUGCAACGAACCGGAGGAAACGGAAUCUAUUGACGCUGCGUCUGCAGCAGCCCACGGGCAUUCAGAACAACGCGAGAUGUUGGAUUUGAGCCGAGAGGACACAUCGUCCAAGCGAACACGCGAUGAAAGCGACACAGAUGGUCUGUCGGAUUCGCAUCAUCUUCACCAUCACCACCUGCAGCAGGCUCGAUCCGAAGCGGGUUCGUACGAUGACCACGACAUGCUGAUGGGUGGACCUGCUGGCGUUGACAAAGGAGCGGUGGAAUCCGACCACGAGACUGCUAGUGGUUCCGGCGGAUCGAUGCUACACCACCACCACGACGAUGAUCGACGCAGAACGUCGCGCCGGCACCAUCAACAGCAGCAUCACCACCAGUCGCUGGAUGGUGGGACGACAUCGGGACCAGAGGACGAAGCGAACCGCUCUGAAUCGGAGAAAUCCACACCUGAAACCGCGAUGGCGUCAGCACGGAAAUCAACCCGCUCCAGCACCGAAGCAGCGGGUUCCAGUGGCUGUGAAUCGAGCGCACCGGUUGCGCUAGUGGCUGCCUCGUUAUCCUCGUCGGCUUCUGCUACACCACCCGGUGGAGCGGGUGGCCGGCGAACGACACGCAGUAAACGACCCCGCAGCGGAGAGGACAUGGAAUCGCUUGGAGUGCCGGAACGGAAGCGUGAAUUGCGAUCCAGUGCCGGUCGACAGGCCGCAGCCGCCGCUGCUCGGAUGGCGGCGGAAGCAAAGGCGGCAGCGGCAGCAGCCGCUGCGGCCGCUGCUGGCGGAGGAACCUUCUCCGAUAGUAGCACCGGCUCGCUGAACCUGUCCGGCAGUGGCAGUGUGAAGGACCAGCACGAUUCGGACAAGGACGAACAACCGAUUUGACUAAAAAUGAAUAAAUGACGCUUAUAAAUGUAGUGUAGUGUAAGUAGGAAGGAGAUUGUAGAGAGAGGGAGUACGUAGAGCCGACGUCGGCUACAGGAGGAUAACAGAAGUCCAACGGUGGCCAAGAAGGCGGUAGUUGCAGAAACGAGAAGUGUGUAGGAACUAAUGAUUGAGAGAAGAUUAAAGUGACACAUAACUGAUAUUACGUUUAAAGGCAGGAACAAACGAGCGUAAUUCGAGCGAAAGAGGGGAAAGAUCAGGACAACAGUGCGCGUGGACGAGACGUGUGUGCUGGAGUUAAACUUUUAGCACACCACCGCAAUGACGCACAGCACACACACACACACACACAUCACCGUGUUUCGACGCAGGAUACUGUUUCGUGUGAUUGAGGAUCCAUCAUUCAGAUUCACGCUUCAUGCACCGUCCUGUUUUUGUGGGAAUCGGAGGGUAGCUUGAAGCGGAAGGUGACGCCAAUUCCGUGUUGUAGAAAAGACCCUUGGCAUGGUUUUACGCUCCGGCUAAUGACGGCUUGGGGAGGGUUUAAGAGGUCGGUGUGUGAAUGCCUCUCUUGUGGGAAACCGUUCCCCGUGUCAUUGGCGAAGGAUCGUAAGCGGACUCGAACCGGGUUCGACCUAAGCAUACACGGUCUGUUACAAAACUACCGACGUAAAAGGGAUAGGUAGAAAUAUCGACUCUCAAGCGCACGUUCCAGUAUGGUGUCGCAUUCGCGAGGCGAUAACCUGAUAAAAAGGAAUAGUUAGCAAGACGCAUGCAAUCGUUGCAGAAGAUUUGAAACUGACUAAUAUUGUGUCAGUUCCUAGACGGAGGAAAAAGGACACACGUUUUACAUUACGCAGCAAACCGUCGCGGUCUCACCUGCGUUUCACAUAAAACACAAACAGCUUGAUGCGUAAUAAUUACGGUAAUGCGUCACAAAUCAAAAGCAUUGAAAACAAAAAAUACGACAAUGUAAAAUAGAAAACAAAAACAUAUUAAAGAUAACACUAUCCAUAAAUACAAUUGAAUCAACCGAUGGAGCUAUACUACGUAUAUAUAUAUAUAUAUAUACAUAUAUGUAAUCAGUAAGCUAAUCUUACUAGCCGUAGAGUACCGCAAAAAUAAAGUCUAGGUUGUAAUGGAGGUAACAAGGGCGAUCGAGAGAUAAAAGAAAGGAUUAUAGGGACGAAUGAAAAUGUAUUUUUGUGCACAGUGCUGGGGACGUUAGGUGGGAAGAAAGGGAUGAUAAGAAGCAGGAAGAAAGUGUUUCUUGGAUGUGCGUGUCCGUCCCACCAUCUGUCGGGUGGUGGUGGUACGUGUGAAAAUUGACAUAAAUGUCCGCCAGCUCUAACGGUGGAGAUUGAAGACAAAAAAAAGCAAGCACUUAUACGAAUCCAAUCCAUUGGAAGCGUAAUGAGGGAAAUACUAGGUGAACCGGGGGAAGUGAGUCUCCCUUUCCGUUCCUCUUCUAUUGGUACACAGCAAAAGCGAGAGAGGGCAAGCAAAAAAGGAAGAAAAAAAAAAAACAAUUUAAAUAAUAAUUAUAAUUAUUUAUUUUUGACAUUAUUCUGUUUUUAGACUCAUUAAUUGAAUUAGUUAAGCUAGCCGCGCGUGGGUGCGGGGCACGGUUAGUUUUGGCAAGCGUUUCAGAAGCGGAACAAAACAAGGUUUAGGAAGCAGAAGGGAAGGGGAGCGGGAGGCCAAUGACCGUUCACACAACCCUCACAAGCUCACACACGGAGAAUCAUGUUGAUCGUACGAUUUUCCGCCUCAUGUUGCUGUUGCUGCUGCUGUUGAUGGCCCCAUGCGUGUUUAGUAGGCGAUGCUACGAUGGCGUUAUCCUUGGUGACCAUUGCACAUGGCGUGUGUUGUGUGUAGCGCGUGUGUGUGUAUGUGGGAGGAGUCGAUUGUUGCCAUCUUCUUGUGUACAUACAUGCAUACCUGAGCCACUCUGUAAAUCCUCCCCUUCCCUUGAUGAGUUGGGACCGGUGUGUGGGACCGAGAGAAAUCAUGCAAAUUAGUAGAUCAAGCAAAUGUGGGAUAAAGUGACACACAAACACUCACAUAAACACAACCUCCCCUCCCAUUACGACGUUUUUAUUAAGACUUAAACCAACAAAAUAAACAAAACGAACGAAAAUCCUGUACGGCGAAGGAAGCGUUAGUAGGCGGCGAAAUGCUAGAGAAAGGAUAAGACGAAAGUAUAGGAAUGCGAGAGGCACGGGCAGGGGGAAACGAUGAACUGCGUGUAGUACGGCGCGACUGGGAAUAAAUCAUAGUAGGCUCGAGACAAAAGAACACAAAACAAAAAAAAACUAGAGUGAACGGAGGGAAAUAAAAGUACUAAUCUCUACUCUCUUAUUAAAAUGUAACACACACACACACACACACACAAGCAGAGAAAUGAUAACAAACCUUUCCCCGCGAACGAUGUACAACUCCCUUGGGUGGCGAUAGUUUUUCCUCCUGCCGCCCAGCCUCGAUGAGAGAAGGAAUGAUGCGUGCGCCAAAUGUCCUUUAGCAGCGGCGGGACAGAACGCGAGAAGUUUAGAGAAGAAAGAGAUGAAGAGAUAGAGAGAAAAAGCGCGCGAGACAAGAAUGGAAUGUGGUGAAUGUUUGAUUUGAAGGAAAGUGAUAAUAAAUCUGA